AUGGCUCUAUCAGUACCCCCACGAGCGCUCUUCUUCGAUGUUUUUGGUACCUGCGUCGACUGGCGGGAGAGUGUCAUCAAUGAGCUACACGCCCAGGCCCAUGCGGCACUCAACUCAGCGAGUGCAUCUCUAGCAUCUCGCGUGAGGAUGACAGCUUCAGACAUGACGAUUGAACAUUGGGGACGCUUUGCGCAAGACUGGAGGGACACAUACAGAAAAUUCACAAGAAACCUGGCAGCUGAUCCCUCCUUGCCAUGGGUAUCGGUUGACGAACAUCAUCUUACAUCGUUGAAGGAGCUUAUGGCUGCCUGGAAGAUUGAAGGGUUAUGGAACGACGUGGAACUGCGAGCUAUCAGCUUGAUAUGGCAUCGCUUGGAACCUUGGGAGGACUCUGCAGAAGGUGUUGAGCUCUUGAAUCAGCUGUUCUAUACCUGCACACUCUCAAACGGCAAUCACAGUCUUCUUGCCGAUCUCCGUAGUUACAGCAAGAUUCCCUUCACCCAUCUCUUCUCUGCCGAGGACUUUGGCACCUACAAGCCAGCCCCACGCGUGUAUCUUGGAGCCGCGGAGAAGCUGAAUCUCCCACCUGAACAAUGCGCCAUGGUAGCAGCUCACCUGUUUGAUCUCAAGGCCGCCAAAGAAAAUGGUCUGCAGACGAUCUACGUUGAGCGUCCUAGUGAAGAGGAGUGGAACGAGGAUCAGAUUCAGAGCGCGAAACGGGAAGGCUGGGUAGAUCUUUGGGUGAGCGCGGGGGAUGGUAACAAGGGAUUUGUGACCGUGGCGGAGAAACUGGGUAUUGAUGUUGCUGGUCGCAAUGGUCUCAGGAGGCUCAGUACAAGUGCGCCACCCGGUGGCGCCUAA